AUGCGUGGCAUACCCAAUGGAUUCCCAAAUCAACAGCAGAUGCAGAACAGGAACGUAUCAAAUAGGAUACCACCCACGACGUGGGCAUUUGGAGGUGUACCGAUGGGAGGAGCAGGCCUAGGAAAUCCACGCCCAAACAAAUGGACCUAUGCAAGCUUUUGCACAAACAAUAGGAGGAUCUUCACAACCAGCAACACCACUAGAUUUGUCUUUCCCUCACUAUCAGGAAACCAGCCUCAGCACAAUCAGUCAACAUGGGGAGCGGCAGGAGCACGUAAUAUUGGCCCAGCAAAUAUACGGUUACAGCAAUCAGCUGGAUUAUCCGCACAACAUGCUGCGCAACAACAGCAACAAGACGAGCUCUUCAACUCAUCAACUCAAUUAUCGAACAAUUCGGGUGGGUUCAGAUUUGGGGCUCAAAACGCAGUUGGUCAGUCUUCCCAACCGAGAAGCGCAGAUGAUUUUCCACCUCUGGGAAAUUCGAAUGGAGAGAUCGGCCAAGAUCGAAGCUCUGGUCUAUUACAAAAUGUGGGGUUUGGAGCCGGUGGGGGAUUAGGAUUUGGUUCUAAUAACCCACCACAGCAACAGCAAGCCAGGAGUAAUGGCCUUUUAAGUGCAUUAUCUACUGGUGGCCGAGUGGCGCCAGGCAAUAGAAUUGAUUCACCAGCAAGUUUGUCAGGCCCAUCCACGAAUAGAUCACCAAUAGACUCCAGCCGGCAAGGUUUACCACGCCUUGGAGAGAAUGAAGUCGGGAGCUUUCCAGACACUAAUUUUGGCUCGUCAAAUCCAAUACCACUCAGAGAAGACGAUAAUCAACAAUUUAAUAUGCAUACAGCAACGAACUCUCGACCAGAUGGCCCAUCAACCCUGACUCAAGCACAAGAACUCGACCCUAGUUCUCUAUCAAGAAGUACUGAUAACGCGGACUCUAAAGUACAAGAUCCAUUGGCUCACAUGAGUGAUGCCGACAGAUUUGGACUAAAGGGAUUUUCCUACAUGAUGAACAAUUUUCCCGACUAUGCUGCUCUUGUCACUGGAACCGAUAUCAGCCAUCUGGGCCUCGAUCUAAAUUCUGAGCACCCUAUCUCAAACCAAAUCUACUCUUUAUGGGACAACGAGCCCCCACGACCAGAUGUCGCUCGUUUCAACCUCCCUGAAUGUUAUCGUGUUCUUAAUGUUGCUCCUCUCGAAAGCAAGAUGCCUAAUUUCAACGAAGAAGCCUUAUUAUUCAUGUUCUACAGUAAUCCGGGUGACAAGCAGCAGCUUAUGGCAGCAAGGGAGCUUGGCAAUAGGAAUUGGCGUUAUCAUAAAAAGAUGCAAGUUUGGCUUACCAAGGAUGAUUUGAUGGUUCCUCGUCAACUUACCCAACAGAUGGAGCAAGGCUACUACAUCUUUUUCGAUGUAAAGACUUGGUCAAGACAACGACGGGAAUUCACAUUGUCUUAUGAUGAUUUGGAAAGAGUCGAAGAUCGGUUUUAAUUUAUCCAAUACAACCCAUGGUCAAAUUCGGUCUCUUUUUCUCGAUUGGCAGAAUCAUGCAUUUUUAUGAAUACCGCACCUAUCGAUCAAAAUAACAUGAAUAAUUUCACACGGCUGAAUAAAUAGUAUCCUCGUUUCUCUAAUUAAUGGCACAAGACUUGUAUUUGCUACGGGGCAUAUAUGGGGCUUGGCUUUCUUUUUUAGCGGAGUACAUAGGAGGGAAUAACUUGCUCUGGCUGCUGGACUCUUUUAUGACUGGCUGGCGUUUCGAUUGUGGAGCUGUGCAAAAACUCGCUGGAUUGGGGACGGUUGCGGGUAUGAUGGGCAGAGAGGGGGAUCUGACGUAGCAAUUAAAUGAAUUGUACGUUGCCUCAUCUUAUACUACUUUGUGAUGUGAUACCGAGUGAAUUGAAUGUUUCUUGAUGUUGAUACGC